AUGGAUGACGAAAAAAACAACAAGAAAACGACAGGAGUGGUUGUUAUGGAGGAAGGUUGUGAUAUUGGUGGUUUAUUGAUGAACUUAGAAGCUCUCACUGCUGACGUGCAGAAUUUAGUACAAACACCAUUUCCAAUAUUUGAAUUUUUUGAGAAACUGAAACAAUCUAUGCCAUAUGUAUCAAAUCACUCGUGCGAGCAUGAACAAGAAUUUCACUUCCCUAAAGAUCACCCUUUUGAAAGUUUUGAAGAAUUAUGUUGUUUUAUGUUAAUCAAUCACUUUGGAAUUUCUAAACAAGCAUAUAAUUUCAUGAUUCAAAUGCUGAAAUCAACAUUUAAAGACCGUCCUGAGUUGAUGAAAUUAUUUGUGAGCUAUGAUACCUUGAAAGCAAGAGGAAAUAAUUUGAAUCCCCAAAAACCCAUGCAGUUCAAUGAUAAUUUCAUCCUUUACUCUGUACAAGAUACUAUUCGAAACAUGUUAAUGGAUCCGUAUUUGGUCAACCAAUUAUGUCUCAACCGAGAAAAGCAUCAACAACAGUUUGCAACCAAGCAACCAUUUCAAUCUAAAAUAUUCAACAAAAUUUUGGAGAAGUGUCAAAGUGAUAUAUUCCCUCUUGUGAUGCUGAUAUAUGUGGACGAUUUUGUAAAAUUCAGAACAAAGUCAACAUCAACAUGUGGAGUGUACUCAAGUUUGUUGAAUUUCAAUAGCGACUUCAUGAGAAAACUUGAAUCUAUAAGCUUACUUGGGUUCUCAAAAACUCACUGCGAUUUUUGGACAAUGACAAGCCAUUUGAUGAAAGAAAUUAAUCACCUUGAUGGGGAGAUAAUUGAAAUAGAAGAUCCCUCUACAGGUGAGUCUAGAAAAUUUCAGAUUGUUGUUGCAGGGUUUUUAUGGGACACAGUCGAGAAGAUGUAUUCCUUGCAACUCAUGAAAGAAGAAUGUAGCCGUUGUGAAGGAAUUUAUGAUAAUCAACAUAAAACACCAGAUUGUUUAUUUGGAGCGUCUACGAUAGAAGAUCCAAAGUAUGUCACGCAUUUCGAGAAAAGAAAUAUAUUUGAAGCAAACACUGUUAUUAAUAGCAUCGAUUUAAGAUCAAAUGACAGAACAAAGGACAAGGGUUUUAAACCCUUAAUAUGGGAAGAAAUGCAAUUCAAAGAUUUGAAAUUAUCUAAAGCGAAAAUAACGCAAAAAUUACGAGAAUUACCUGUUCUGCAUAUCAUAGAUAAUCCUUUUUUAAAAUAUCCUAAUACUGUGGAUGCAUUUCACAAAGCCUUAAUUGAUUUUUUCCAUUUAGAGAUCCAAGGAACUUUUCGAACCCAAUUUAAAAGAACAAUGAAAGCAAUUCAUUACUCAACAAUCAUGGACGAUUUUUUGGAUGUUUGUGAGAGAGAAAGGUUGCCGAAUGGCAAAAGGAUUACAAUGUACAGUGAUAUUGACAAACUAUCCGGAACAGAGAUGCUUGAAUUUAUAGCAAUAAGCGCUCCAAUUUGGUACAAAUUUCUAUUCCUAAAUACCAAAUAUUCAGAUAAUACUUUGGAGAAGAGACAAAAACUAUAUGAGUGUUGGAUUUUACAUUUGCAGUAUUUUGUUCGAUUGUUGCGGUUUGACCAUACAGACCACGACUUAAAAGAAGCCGAGAAACUCUAUGUAGCGUGGCGAGUUGCAUAUAGAAACUGUUUUGGAUCCGAAAAGUGUAAAUUUCCAAACUUUCAUGCAGGCUGUCAUAUAUUUGAGGAUGUCGAUGAUAUUGGUCAUGUUACUUGGUUUUGGACUCUCCUCUAUGAGUUAAAACAUUCCACGUACAAGCAAUUCAAUGACAAAAGUAACAAAAAACAGCUUGAAAAAAGGGCUUCUGAACGAGAAAUGGUCAUGAAAGCUCUUUUUACAAAAUAUCCUCAAUGCAGAAAAUUGAUACCAAGAGCAAAAGAACCAGAAUUCAAGCUUGAAAAAGACAUUUUUGUCCUAUUUGAAACGGAUCAAGGAGAAAUGAACAUUGCGUUCGUUAAACAAGUAACUGAUAAGGUAGUUCUUAGUUCCUUGAUCUUUGAAGUGAAACACAUGGAUAACGUUUCCUAUAUGUAUCACCUCAAAUGCAUUCCACAACUAAUGCUAUCAGCAAUAGAUAUCAGCAAAGUCAAGUCUAAAUGUAGCUGUAUUUGCUAUUCAUUGCCAUCUGGGUUAAAGUGGCAAUUGAAUCAAUUUGCAUUUUGUUAUAAUUUUUGUAAAUAA